UUCCGCCCAGGGCCGGGCGGGUCCCAGCAGAGGCGAGAGCCCUCGCAGGGAGCGGCUGCUUUUGCUGCGCCAACGCUGUGGCCGGAGGCUCUGCGCACCCUUGGCGUGAUCCAGCCUGAAGAUGACCCAGCUGGCCGCUGUGGUGUCUGGCCCCCGUGUCCGACUCUUUGCCUGCUUCCUCAGGCUGGGCUGUCAGCAGGCCAAACCACUUCAGCUUCACACAGGGGCCAGCCUCGCAGCCAAGAACCACUAUGAGGUGCUGGUGCUGGGUGGGGGCAGUGGUGGGAUCACCAUGGCUGCCCGCAUGAAGAGGAAAGUGGGCGCAGAGAAUGUGGCCAUCGUUGAGCCCAGCGAGAGACAUUUCUACCAGCCAGUCUGGACCCUGGUGGGAGCUGGUGCCAAACCAUUAGCCUCAUCUGGCCGUCCCACAGCGAGUGUGAUUCCAUCUGGUGUAGAGUGGAUCAAAGCUAGAGUGGUUGAUCUGAACCCAGACAAGAACUGCAUCCACACAGACAACGACAAGGAGAUUUCCUACAAAUAUCUUAUCAUUGCUCUCGGAAUUCAGCUGGACUACGAGAAGAUCAGAGGGCUCCCUGAAGGUUUUGCCCAUCCCAAAAUAGGGUCCAAUUAUUCAGUUAAGACGGUAGAGAAGACAUGGAAAGCUCUGCAGGACUUUAAGGAGGGCAAUGCCAUCUUUACCUUCCCUAAUACUCCAGUGAAGUGCGCUGGAGCCCCGCAGAAGAUCAUGUAUUUAUCAGAGGCCUAUUUCAGGAAGACGGGGAAGCGAUCCAAGGCCAAUAUCAUUUUCAACACUUCUCUUGGAGCAAUUUUUGGGGUCAAGAAGUAUGCAGAAGCCCUGCAGGAGAUUAUCCGGGAGAGGAACCUCACCGUUAACUACAAGCAAAACCUCAUUGAAGUCCGAGCUGAUAAACAAGAGGCUGUUUUUGAAAAUCUGGACAAACCUGGAGAGACCCAAGUGAUUUCAUAUGAAAUGCUUCAUGUUACACCACCAAUGAGCCCACCAGAUGUCCUCAAGACAAGUCCUGUGGCUGAUGCUGCCGGCUGGGUGGACGUGGAUAAAGACACUCUGCAGCACAAGCGGUACCCAAACGUGUUUGGGAUUGGGGACUGCACCAACCUGCCAACGUCAAAGACCGCUGCUGCCGUAGCUGCCCAGUCAGGAAUACUUGACAGAACAAUUUCUCUGAUUAUGAAGAAUCAAACACCAGUGAAGAAGUAUGAUGGCUACACCUCGUGUCCGCUGGUGACUGGCUACAACCGUGUUAUUCUUGCGGAAUUUGACUACAACGCUCAGCCCCUGGAAACCUUCCCCUUUGACCAGAGCAAAGAGAGACUUUCCAUGUACCUCAUGAAGGCUGACAUGAUGCCGUUCCUGUAUUGGAAUGUGAUGCUAAGGGGUUACUGGGGAGGACCAGCCUUUCUGCGGAAGUUGUUCCAUCUGGGUAGGAGCUAAGGAUGGCUCAGCUUCUGGAUGGCUUGGAGGGAUGGCCAUCCAUCCUUGGAUGGCUCCUGGACCAAAAUCACAGCCACUGAUUGACCGCGAGCAGCAUGAA